AUGUCUGGCCUGGAGAUCAUUGGUGUUGCGGCCAGCAUCAUUCAGGUCGCAGACUUGGGGACCAAAUUAUCCGUCAAGCUAUUCACCUUCUACCGGCAAGUGCAAAAUGCCAGCGAAACUAUACAGCUCUUGUCAAAUGAGGUUGCACUUGUUAGUGCUAUUCUGCGUGAGCUAGGCGACAGCUUGAAGGAAGAAGAGUCAUCGAAGCUCUGUUCAGAUGAGGCCUUCCAAACACUGGAGCGUGUACUAGACCAGUGCCGCGAUGUCUUGAGGCAAAUUGAAAGAGUUGUCAGUGCGACUGAUCAAUCUGGUAAAAGCCGCUUGCAACAGGUCACCGGAAAAGUUCGAUUGGUUCUGCUGGAACCGAGCUUGAAUCCCCUGAAAUCUAACCUGGAACGACUGAAGGCAACAAUGCUGCUUCUACUCAAUGUUAUCAUGUUUGCUGGGAAUGUUCGCAGGCAAGUCUACGUUUCUACAUAG